CCAGCAUCCCUACUGCCCUUGAUCAUGCUGCUAUAUCGCGAUCAUGGACCUCACGUUUCCGUACACGCGCUAUGCUUGCCAGUGCAAUGAAUACCUGAACGACCCUGCCACCGUGUUGUUCGGCAAGCGUUCGUCGCAGAAUGUGGAAGAGCAGCAGGAGGACAAGCAACCUCUCAAUCCCCACGAACCGCGCGCAAACUACUCACUAUAUCCGAUCGACCAGCUACUAUUCUGCGACGAAUGCAACGAGUCACGAUGCCAGAAAUGCUGGGGAGAAGAGAUGAUGUACUAUUAUUGUCCCAGCUGCAUGUUCGAGGUCGCCAGCAGCGGGGUCAAGAGUGACGGUAACAGAUGUGCCAGGCAUUGCUACGACUGCCCGGUUUGCAAAGCCAACUUGAACAUCACUGUGCUCAGCCGGCAGCCCGACAAGCACCUCAAGCCUACAGACGCUUCCAAAGACAAUGGGGAGUACAUUCUCAUGUGCCAGUAUUGCGACUGGAGCAGUUUGGAAAUCGGCAUCAAGUUCAGCAAGCCGACCAAGAUCACAGAGCAGCUCAACAAGCUGUGGAGGCAGAGAAGCGCAGGUGCAACGGAUGAAGAGUCUCCAGAAGGCAAACAAAAGGAAGAACCAGGACAUCUUGCGCACGAUGCUGCGUUCGCGAAUUUGACCAAGUUCUACCGGGAACAGCUGAGCGAGUCGAGCGAUCAGCCGAACCCCUACUCGAAUAGCCCGUACAGCUCACCCGCAAAUCUAGCGCGCAUUAUGAGCCUUUAUGGCGGGCUGUCAUACAGUGCGCUCAAGAAGACGCGGGAGAAGCCACAGCCGAUGCGCGAGGCAGGCAAUUUGGCAGAAGGGCUAUCUGCAUUCACAUCCGAUAAGGUGCCCGAAGACGAUGAUGUUCUACGCAGGAUGAAGAGGCUGGACCUAGAUGGGACAGCUGCACCUGAACAGCGUUUCACAUCACCUCACAACUACGAGGCUCGUUUCACAGACGAGCUAUGGCCAAUAGCGACUCCAUUGAAGGUCAAGAGAGGCAAGCGCUGUCGGACAUGUCGACAGAUUCUUGCUCGGCCAGACCCCAAAGUUGGCAGCGGAAGAUACAAGAUCCGAUUGCUCGCCAUAUCUCAUAUGCCAAGACUACUGCUGCGACCUUUGCAUCCCGUCAUUCCUGCUCCAAACCCAUCAUUUCGAUUCCGACCCGAGCCUCUUGAUCAGUCAAAGUUGCGGCCGUAUCAGACACAGCAAUACGUCCUUACGGUUCGCAAUCCAAUCUUCGAUCCGGUCAAAGUCACAUUGGCUACGCCCACCAAUACUCCAGGUAAGGUGUCGUCGAAAGUCACAAUCCUUUGUCCAACGUUCGCUAUCGGUGCGAAUGGUGACAAGUGGGAUGACGCUCUUGAAGCGUCAACAAUCAGCUCGGGCCGUGAUGGCAGCAGAAGAGCAGCCAUGGCAUCUCUGACUGGAUCUGCCGACACCGAUCGCCAGCCAGAGGCUGGCAAGAUCUGGGAAAAGACCAGAAACUCAACAUCUGUAGUCAUCGAAAUCGUUCCUGGCAGUCUGAGCAGGCGCCGACCAAGCAUCGUUUCAGACUCGAAGAAAAGCACAGACGAGGAAGAGUUGAGCGAGGAUGAUGAUGUAUUGGAGGUUCCAAUAUUCGUCCGUGUUGAAUGGGAGCAUGAGCCAACCGAGAUUCAGGACGCCGAGAAGAAAGCACGGGGAGAGACCAUACACAAGGAACUGGCUUACUGGUGCGUAUUGGGCGUGGGUCGCAUUGCAGAGCAAUAGCACAUCACCCAACAGGAUGAGCACCUGUAGUUGCUCAGCGCAGUCGACGCGGCAAUAGUCGUCACAGCUGGGUUGCAUACAGGUGAUGGUGAAGAACCAAUUUCCGUUAAAGCCGACGCAUCUCCAGCAAUUGCACCGACAGCCUUCAGCCACACCUGUCAGCAACAUCUGACGCUAAACCUCAAGAACCGCGUUUGUACUAGCUUCUUCACAUCAGACCGUCAACUGGAUAUGGCUGAUUCAGAAGUCUGCAUUCAGGUCAAGAUCCAGCACCUUGCGAUGUACCUCGGAGACCCAAGACAGUCUAGUUUGCUGCUGAGUACUUGCUAUAGCCUCUAAUGAUACCCAUCGACGUUUUGCGAU